AUGACGGGAGGUACACCGAUAUGCGCAUGUGCGGGUCGAGGAGCGGCGGCUUGGCCUUGUGCGACGUCGGCAGGGCUGGUGCGGGCACGUGAGCCCGCUGGAGGGGCGAAGAGCGAGCAGCUCCCCGUCCCGCCCCUUGUUCUUGCCAGCAGAAAAACCAAGAAGAAGGAAGGUGGUGCCAAGCGUGCUCAGAGGGCCUCCUCUAAUGUUUUCUCCAACUUUGAACAGACCCAGAUCCAAGAAUUUAAGGAAGCAUUCACACUGAUUGAUCAGAACAGAGAUGGCUUCAUUGAUAAAGAAGACUUAAAAGAUACCUAUGCAUCUUUAGGUAAAACAAAUGUGAAAGAUGAUGAAUUAGAAUCAAUGCUUAAAGAAGCCACUGGACCUAUUAAUUUUACAAUGUUUCUGAAUCUAUUUGGGGAGAAGUUAAGUGGCACAGACACAGAAGAAACUAUACUAAAUGCAUUCAAAAUGUUUGACCCAGAAGGAAAAGGAAACAUUAACAAGGAUUACAUGAAACGUUUAAUGAUGUCACAAGGCGACAAAUUUAACACUGAAGAGAUAGAUCAGAUGUUCCAGUGUUCUCCAAUUGACUCAGCAGGAAACCUGGAUUACAAGGCUCUCUGCUAUACCAUCACACAUGGUGAUGAAAAAGAAUGAACACCACAGACGUUUGGAAACUGCAUCAACAUCUCUCUGUGCAAUAAGAAUAAAACAAAUGAUUACUUGCUUUCUCCA